AUUCCUUACUCUUCCGUAAGUCAGAAAUUUUGGUUUAAUCGUUUAAAAAUGUAUCGAUAUAAUGACCAACGCUCCCCUUUCUAGUAGCUAAAAUUCAGCCGGCGUUCAAUGUGUUAAGUCGAAACGAGAAUCUAUCCCACGCGUUUCACUGUAGAAUAUUAAAGUUUCAUUCGCUUGAACUUCUAGGGGUGGAUAUGAAACGUCCGUCGCUUGUUCGGAUCGGCUGCUUGUUUGCGCCGGGUCCAAGGGCACGGUUGAAAAGCCAUCGCUACCGUAGAUCAACGAAGCCGCAUUUGGAGACCGCGAGUCCCACUGGUGGGGAGGAGCGAUUACGUAUGCCUCGUGUGCGGAUCAACAUCCCACGGAGAGUUUCUCAGUAAGAAACGCGGCGGCCGAACGACGAGAACGAUGGGGCUCCUCGGCUUCUCCUUCUUCUUGUUAUUCGCGUUGUGCACGUUCCUCCGCGACGCGACCGCCGGCAGCAACGACACCGUGAUCAACGAGAUCCCCAUCGACGAGCCGGCGGACGCAACGCGACAUGCGGAGCCGGAGACGCCAAUGACGAACAGGACUCUUCACGAGAUCUUCCGUGACGCUGUCCAGGCUUACCUCGAGGAGGACUGGGACGGCUGCAUCGAGGACUUCAACGAAGUCAGCCACGGGUACAAAAUGUACAAGCGCAUGGUGACGAACUGCAGACAGAAGUGCAGGAUGAGAGCUGCCGGGGACGCUCCGAUUUUCCCUGAGAACAUCGAGGACCUGCACUUCUACGAGAAGAAGCUGGUGGAAACGUUGUGCCUCCUGACUUGCAACCAGGAGUACCGCGAGAUCGCCGGCACGCUGACUCUGAAAACACUGCCACGUGAGACCGAGCACAAGCUGAUCGACUAUCGCGUGUACGAGUACCUGCAUAUUUGCUAUUUCAAGAAGGAUCGCUACCAAGACGCGGCGAACGCCGUGUUCACGUUUCUGGUCCGACAGCCGGAUCACGAAGCGAGCAUGAAAUCAUUGAAAUACUAUCUAACGCUUCCCGGCGUGACGGAGAAGAACGUGGUAAACCUAGAAGCAUGGCCCUAUGUCAGCACGUACUUCAAGGCCGUGUUGGCUUACGAGGACGAGAACUACGCGGAGGCGGCCAGCUUUUUCGAGAGUUCAUUGGCAUCGUACUUGCAGUCCGAGGAGGAGUGCAGGUUCUACUGCGAGGGGCCUUUCAAUCAGGGCUGGCACCCGGAGUUCACGUCCUCGAUCGCCAACCACUUCACAUACUGCCUGAAGUGCAAACGGUCCUGCAGCCAUCAAUUAAACAACGUGAACGGCGACUACCGGAGCGACAUGCUCAAGAGCCACUACAACUAUCUGCAGUUCUCCUAUUACAAACUGGGGAACUUGAAGGCAGCCUGCGCCGCAGUGGCGAGCUACUUGGUGUUCGAUCCUGUCGACGGGACCAUGCUGCAGAACAAGAAGUACUACAGCAGCCAACCGAUGGUAGAAGAAAGCUACUUCGUACCUAGAGAGGAGGUCCUAAGGUAUGUUAAGAGACAAGAAUACGAGCUGGGCCUGCUGCGUUACAUAUCCCACGAGUUCUCAAUAAUAGACAGGAAGCUAGCGAAUUGGAACAAGUCUCAAGAGAAGCCGAGCGACGAUAGCAAAGAGAAAGAAUCGGAAAAGAGUAUAAAGGAAGUCGAAGCCCCGCAUCCACCGCCCGGAUAUUCGUCUCUCUCCAACACGCAGUUGUUCAACAAUCGUUCCGCGAUUAGAGACGAGAGACCUGAAGCGAGCGAUAGGAAACGGCAAAGGGUCAGGGACGAUGUCUAUCUGAUCGCGGAACAGAAAGAACUUGGCGGAAAGAAUCGCUACGUUGCUGACGGGUUCCUCAAUUCGACGGAGUGUGAAUCUCUCAUGCGACUGGCGACGAUGACCGCGGUGGAAGGCGAUGGCUACAACGAGUACAAGAGCCCACAUUCGAGGCACGAGAAGUUCGAGGGAAUCACCGUCGGUAGAGUCGCCUUGAUGGUGUACUUCGGUCGAGUGGAGGCGGAGCGAUUGCGGCAGCUCCUCGCGAAAACAGAGGACGCCCGCGGCCACGUGGAAAGGUAUUUCGGGCUAGAUCGACCGCUCUAUAUCACCUACACCCACCUGGUCUGCCGCACGGCUCUACCCGAUUCACCGAUGGACCGCGACGAUCUCAGUCAUCAGGUGCACGCGGAUAACUGUAUACUGACUGGCGAGGAUAACUGUAUCCGCGAGAGUCCAGCCUACGUCUGGAGAGACUACUCAGCGAUCCUUUACCUGAACGAGGACUUCCAGGGCGGCGAGUUCUUCUUCGCGAAGGAACGCGCCAUCCGCGACACCGACAGCCUGGUUUCCCCUCGUUGCGGACGCAUGGUAGCGUUCUCCGCGGGAGGAGAGAACCUCCAUGGUGUACGGGGUGUCCUCCGAGGCAGGCGUUGCGCGCUGGCUCUGUGGUUCACGCAGGACCAGAUGUACACGGAGUACGAGAGGACCUUGGCCGAGGCGAUCCUGGAACGAAUUCGUUCGAUCGGACCUGUCAAGGAAGAGGAGGUCCAGGUACCUUUGAGGUACGAGGAGCUUCUUCUGCAGUACGCGAGCAGCGACGACUUCCUGAGACGCUUCCUACAGGAUUCUUGAAGAGGAAUCGUUGCAGAACAUCUUCAGUAUUCCGUUGACAGUCCCAGAGGACUUGCUAUCAGGUCGUUCCAUAAGCGAUGCCAUUCCUCGACGCUAGAUUUCGGUGGAGAAUAUGAAUACUUGCGUUUGUUAUUUAAUGUAAAGGGGUUACUUACGGAACGAUCUGAUAAAACUGUAACACUACAUUCUCCCCGGUCGCUGACCGGGCUCACUGCAAACUAGGUACCUGAGAAGACAAUUCACAAACAUGAGAAACCAUAUCGUUUCCUUCGCGCAGUACAAUUUUCACUUGUUUUUCCACGUAUGUACAAUUCCCAUUGCAUUUAACUCGACGGAAGCUCCCCAGCGAGCAUUCCCGGUCGAACUGUCCUCCAUGGAGAUCUGAUAGAGCUUCGAACAACUCUUAUUUAUAUAAAAUAUCCUAAUCUUUAUUAGAACAUAGACAUUACAUGUCAACAGGUUUACAUAACCAUCCUAUGUAUCGUGUAACAUGUAUACUGUAAUUAAUUUAUUCUCCUCGGCGUAUUUAUACUAUGUAUAAGAGUCGUAUAUACAUAUAUAAUAUAUAUGUAUAUAUGUAUAUAUGCGCGUGUGUAUGUAUAUGUACAUGUAUACAUACAUACCGAUAUAUAUAUAUACACGCGCGGCCGCAAGCCGCGUCGCGUUUGAAUGUUUCAAUACCGUACACACGGUCGUUUAUGCUUCUAUUCUCGUAUCGUGUGUGCGUGUCAGUGUGUCUCGGCGUUACUGGCACCCGGAGGUACCGAAGUGGACAUUAUUUACGCAGGUACUCGAGUACUCGGACAGACGGUCCAAGACGCGAAUUCUCGAAUGAAAGUUUCAAUGUUACAAUGGAAAUACAAUAUAAAAAUUGCUCGGAUCAUUUCGAUUAUACGGAGUGCAUUUCUCUCGGUACUCGAGUACCCGAACGAUUAGGCUGCUGCUCGAAUACGAUCGCGCCAGAGAGCGAUCUGGCAUCCGCGAACGCAUGAUGUUUCAAUGUAGAUGAUCAAGUACCCGAGGAAAAUUAAAAUUACACAAGUACUCGAAUACUAUCCCAGGCAGAAAAUAUUCUAUCGGACGUGGUUCGUUGAGAACGUUCCCGUCGUCGAUAAAUACGAAUUACAAUGAUCACUGUCGUCAUGCAUAAAUAAAAUAUUAAUAUACAAAGGAACACCUCUACUCUUCUUCUACUUAUUGCGUUUUGGAUACCGAACACGAAUCGAACGAAUUGCACGGAGGCUACAGGCGCCGAGGUACAGGCCAAUUGAUUUACAAUUUCGACUAACUAUUUUCGAAUCAUUCGAUACAAUAUAGAAACGACCGACCUCGCAGACUUAAGUCUCGCGUCGCACCUGUAGACGAAUUUCUCUAAUCUAAUAGCCAACGAGUACUCGAGCGUUUCAGGUAAUUGUUACAUUUUCCCAGGUAUCCGGCGAGUACUCUUGUAAAACUAAGGUACCUCGGGUAUCCAUUUCGAAUGAAUAUGCGCUGGUGUGUACAAAGAUUCGCGCGUUCGUUCAUGGAAAGCCUAAUUACACAUUCAACUCGAAAUUUCGCGUUAAAGCGGGAAAGCAUAUUGAGAACUGAGAAACAGCUGGUACAAAUGUUACCUAACGAUGUUCGCGUCGAACAGUUAUUCAACGAAUACAGUGAACGAACACGCGAGUCCCUGCGCGCGUGUUCUCCUGUAAUGUCGGGUUUCACGUUGUUAUUGCAAUUGUACACGCGAAAAGCGGAUCGAAUCGAAUCGGAUCACGUAAAUCGGUCCCCGCGCUCGCUGGCCAGCGCUCGCGGUACGCACGCUCUCGGGACAAACGGGUUUCUCCGGUGAAUUAAAAACCACGGGUGGUAUCGAGGUGCCAUUUCUCUCGUGUCGUGAUCACCGCGAGAUCAGUCGGGAAGAAAGUGAACGCGAUCAUUAACAUUAUUAUGUUUCGUUACAAACAUUUAUUACGAAAUUAUAGUGACAUCUGCGUAUCACAGGAGA